AUGAUGGCGAAUCCGCAGACAAAGAAGACGGACGUCCCGCAGUGGCUUGUAGAUCAAAUUAAAAACAGGACUAGUAAAUCUCUGGAAGACAUUGAAAAGGAAUGGGCAACGCAGCUUAAUGCUAGACAUGACCAGCUAAGGACCCUGGAGAAGGAUGGCCACACAACUGCGGCGCGCUUUUUUCAGCAUGUUGCGGAGGAAGGCCCAGAUCGGGUGUUUUUAGUGUACGGAGGGGCCGUUGAAGGCGGCUCAUCUGAGGAUAGUUGCACACAGUGCUGCACGAGGGUCUUGACGUAUCGCCACGUCGACCAUGCAAGCAACAGCGUCGCAGCAUGGGCAAGUAAACUGCAGGGUAAAAACCCUACUAAGUGUGGUUCUUGUAGGGCAAAAGGGCCAACUCAGUCAUGUGCUGAAUGCGUGAGCAACUCGCGUGUAGUUGCUUUGAUGAUGCACAGCAGUCCAGAAUACUUAAUUGUGUUCUUUGGCCUCUUGAAGGCGGGCAUCACUGUAGCACUGGUGCAUCCUCAGCUUCGAGGGCCCCUCUUGCGGAGGGCGCUCGCAGAAGCAAACGCAGAUAUGCUUAUCUGCGACGACUUGACCCUCAGCUCCAUGCGUACUGCGUGGCUGAAGCCAUCGGGAGAAGAACCAGACUCGGCGGUUGCCGCCGUCCGUCACGAAGACGAGGGGCAGCCAGGCUCCUACCCAUGCUCUGUGUACAUCUGUGGACUGAAGGAUGCGAAAGAGCAAGACGGAGAGCGCAGCCUGAUCCCCCACGUGCACAGCAUCGUAAAGGAAUUUCUUACAGAGGAGGAGGCUGCACACCAUCGGGGGAACACGGAAAAUAGGCCCAACGACGAACAGCACAAAUGCAAGCCUUCUGGAUUCCCGAUGCUUUUGAAAGAGCCUCUACGGAAGCUGGUCGGAUCACAUUCCGAACGACAGGCCGCGUCGGGCGCUCACUGCGCUGAGAUGUCCCUGCCGUGCUGCUGUCUAUACACCGCCGACCUCGAAGGGCACUUGCGUGCGACGUGGGUUUCCAACAGCCGUUUCCUUUCGGCGGGCUUUUGUUGGCUGGAAGCGGUGAACCUGACUGAAUCUGACCGCCUCUUGCUGGGGGUGCAAUUGUCUCACGAGGUGGGGCUCCACGCGCUAGCAGCAGCAAUUGCUUGUAAAGGAGCCCUACUGCUGCGAUCUCGGAGCAGCUUACUCUGUCUGUGGCCUGAUGUCAAAGCCAUGGAUGCCACUAUUCUCUGGCACACGGGGAUGAUGUGGUGCAGGUUGCUGAAAGCCCAUGAGAGCUACCAGGGGGGUGACCAAACGCAGCGCUUGGGUUCCUGGAGCGGCAAUCCGCAGUUGCGGGCAAGCAUAGGAACCGGACUAGCUGGGGCGUUGUGGCCAGUAGUGAAGAAGGUCUUCAAUAUUCCCCGAAUUCUGGAGUUCUACUCUCCGCGGAACCUUCAAACUCCCCAAAUCCUCUUCAAUGCUUGGGACAUGCCAGGGGCGUGCGCGUUCGUCCCGGACUUCGCCUGGAAUUCUAAGGAGCUCGAGAGGAUUGUAGAAUUCAAUGAGAAAACAGGGGAGGUCUACAGGGAAAAAACAACCAAGAGGGGCAAGGAGGCCAGCAGAGACAAGAAGACGCUAAUUCAGAGGGGUGAGCUGGUGUCGCAUAUUGAACCUGAACACGGCUUGUGCCUUUUCACGACCGAAGGAGAGACUGAGCAAUUCUUGUAUAGAGACCUCCUCGAAGAAGGAGAUCUCUGGUGCCGCUCAGGGGACAUUCUCGAGAGAGACGCCGCCGGCUUCCUGUACCUCUCCAAACGCAUCGGGUCCAGCUUCUUCAUCGAUGGGGAGGUGGCGCCGGUGCACGAACUGGCGAGGUGGCUUGAACAUGAGCCCGGUGUUUGGGGCGCUUGCGUAGAGGGGCUCCAGGUGUUCGCAGACAGGGAAACAGCGGAAACAGUUGAGAAGCAGUUGGAAGAUCAGCAAGAGGGAUGGCCACGGACAACCUUUGAGCUGCUGCAAACGGACCAGCAGCGCCACAGGCUCAAGUGCCUGGUUGCUUGCAUUCACGCGAGGCUCGAUGCCAGUGAAACAGAAGGAAAAAAAGAGAGUGGUAGCCAAGUGCAAGCUUGUGGACCGGUUGACCUCGAUGGUAGCCUGGUUGUGUUGGGCGAAGAAAAAGAGGUGAGUGGAUGGAAAAGGCAAGAGGGUGUCCAAGAGCCAGACGAAGGCAUGGCCAUGAUUACACUCCGAGCUUUCCUGAGAAGGAUCCGCAACAGCCUUGACCGCGGCAUCCACUUAGCCAUCCGCCCGAAAGUCUUGAUGCUCUGUCUCUCCACGUGCUGCGGUGAAGACUGCGAGCAUAAGCAUCAGGGGAAAGCAUGCAAGCUGUGCUCCUGCACGACGGACCAGAAAAAGUGUCAGUGCCGGUGCGGCUGCUGCUGGGGCUGUGAUGGCUGCUCCUGCAGGCGGGAAAGCCUGCAGGGUUUGUGCGACCUCGUAUCCAACCAGGACUGUGACUCUUCAGGGGAUAUCUGCAAGAAGGACUGCAAGCGUUGCUGCUUCCUCUUUUACGCCGACGUAAAUGGAGAUGCCUUCGUCCCCCUUACGAAGGAAAGCUUCAAAGACUUCGUGUGCGAGAGCUACCCGAAUUUUGGCCUAUAA